CGCUCCUUCGACAAUCUUCUGCCAGGCGACCGUGGUUCCCCCUUCGGCUCUCGACCCAGCGCCGCCCGCGCGUCAACCGCCCUCUAUCGAGACAUUCGGGUUAUCUGUUCUCUUUCAUGACUGAAUGACCCUGGGGCCUCGGGAGGUUCUCGCGAUUCUACACCCUCGUUCGAUUUGAUCUUUGCGGAACCCUACAGACAACGCUCGCAACGCUCGCCGCCCCCCCGGUGACGGACGCCAUAUGACGAUUUGAUUGAACAAUCACGACGCUCCUUUAUUGUUUUUUGCUUCGUCGCACAUACGCUCUGGCACCAAGACAAAAUAUCAAAGACACUCAUUGACAAUUUGUCAAGUACAUUCGUUGAACUCUGUUUCUGACAUAUAUUUGCAAUCACAAACAUAAAACCACCACACUCCUUCGCAAACGGGAUCCUUAACAUUCGCUACCAAAAAAACACCAUGCAGUCCAAAUCGCUCGCUUUGCUGGCCGCUCUGGCCGUGUCUACGGCCGCCUCCGGGGCUGAGCGGCCUCGGAUCUACUACCCUCACAAGAUCAAACGCGAUCUAUUUGGCUUGCUUUCCAACUCAACAAUCAGCUCCACUUCCAGCAGCGUCACGACCGCUCCCGCGACCACGACCAGCAGCUCGACCACGUCUCCGUCUGGGCCGGAUCUGGGCGCCAUCAUCUCCGACCUCCUCGGAGGGCACCCGUCCAGCACCUCGACCACUUCGACCGCUUCGACCGCUUCGACUACUUCGACUGCGACGACUGCGACGACCGCAACCAGCUCAUCGUUGAGCAGCGCUUCCGAGUCCAGCAGCUCGAGUUCCGGCAGUGUGACGACCAUUAUCCGAUCAAAGACCAUCAUCGUCACGCCUACACCCCAGGGUACUGGCAGCACUCCGGUUCCCUUCAAGCCUCAGAAGUCUAGCACCAGCAGCUCCCUGGAUGAGACGACGCCUACCGGAACGCCUGCUGGCUCGUCUUCGCAACCCGCUGCCAGCUCUAGCUCGUCCCCUGCUGCCAGCAGCUCGUCUCCUGCCGGAACUCCUGCCCAGUCCACCUCAGCCCCUGCCGUAACCAGCUCUCCUGUUGCGUCCUCGACUGGCUCCUCUGGACUGGAUCUCAGCCUGGGCAUCAGCCUCCCCCUCGGCGGCAAGAGCUCUUCCACCACGUCUUCUGCGGCCAGCUCUGCUCAAACGGCCUCUUCUUCCCAGGCCAGCUCCAGCAAGGCUUCCGAGACUGGCAUUGUGAUUGAUCCUACUGGCGUCCGUUUCCCCUCGACCACCGCUCCCGCGGCCCAGACUCAGUCCAGCAGCAGUGCCCCUGGUUCUUCCAGCAGCGCCAUUCUCGAUAGCAGCAGCGUUUUGGGCAACUCGACCGAGGCCGACGUCAGCUCCACGCCCUCUGCGCAAAAGACGUCCUCUGCAGGCGGUCUUCUGGACCCCAUCUUGACCAUGCUCAAUCCUUCCAAGACCACGUCUCCCGCUGACUCAACGUCUGCUCCUGGAACCUCUGGCCUGCCGGUUCAGACGUCCCUCCCUGGCACUGGAUCGUCGACUUCGGCUGCUGCCUCGCAGACGAGCUCUGCCGGCGGCCUUCUCCCCAGCUUGUCUCUGCCUCUAACCCUGCCGCCCAUUCUUCCUACGGAGACUUCGUCGUCGGGUGCUCCCACCCAGACCCAGACCCAGACCCAGACCAGCUCUUCUGGUGGCCUUCUCCCCAGCUUGUCUCUGCCGCUGACCCUGCCGCCCGUGCUUCCCACGGGAACGACAUCUGCCGCCACCUCGAGCCCUGCUACUUCGCAGGAUGGAUCCAACGCCACCUCGUCCGAGCCGCCUUCCACCACCCCUGGGCUUCCCAUCUCCAUUUCCCUGCCGCUGCCUCCCAUCUCGACUUCUGACGGUUCGGUCGUGAACUCCACCUCUAGCGAGCCUCCUGUUACCGGCUCCGCUACCAUCACCAGCGCUCCCACAGGCACUGCUACAGGUACUCCCACAGGCACGGUGACGGAUGUUCCCGUUACCAACGGCACCAGCUCCGGUGAACCCACCGGCGUCAUCACUUCGGCCUCUAGCUCUGCCGUCGAGACCGGUGCGGCGGGCAACUCAACCAGUGCUGUUGAGACGUCUGCCCCCGCGACCGGAACGUCUGCCGCGACCUCUGCCCCAGUCGCUACCAGCGAGCCGGUGGCGACUGGUUCUCCCUCGACCCUGGUGACCAUUUCCAAGCCUUCCUCUCCGGUCGCCACUGUUCCCCCGGUCACUCAGACGUCGAGCGCGGAGCCCAUCACGAGCAUUCGGCCCACUGCCACGCUCACCAACACCGCGGACUGGCUGCCUACGACCAUUGUCAUUGAGCCUACCACGAUGGCCUUCACCCCGGUGACGUCUUCCGCCAGUGUGUCCACCUCGACCGCCCUGCCGACCAACGUCCCCAAGAUCAUCUACCCGGAUGACCCCAACACUCCCGCUGCGGAGGGCACUGUCCCGAUCCAGAUUGGAUUCCUGUAUCCUCUCAACUACAUGUUCGUCGCUAGCAACACCGUUGCCGCCGCCCAGAUCUUCAAGUACCUGCCUCAGGCCCUGGCCACCGCCGCCGGCAUCGACGUGGAGAAGGUUCAGGUCGCCAAGCUUGUCCCCUACGACACCCGUGCCCAGUGGGGUUAUGUCACCACUCUGGCCAAGAUCAACUACCCCCAGAACCUGAUUGACAAGCUCCAGCUGGACUUGUCGGUGGCCAACUCGCUCAUCUACAACAACCCCGACCCCAUUGUCCGCAACCUGACGUCGCUGAUCAACCCCAAGAUCAACAUCUUUGGCCAGCUCACGGACGGCGGCUCGACCGACGGCGCCGACGGCUCCGGCAGCGGCAGCGGCGGUGCUCCUCCUUCCUCUGGCUCCGCCAACAACGAUGCCUUUGGCACCAGCAGCACGGACAGCCAGAGCUCCAAGCAAAAGGCCACCACGGCCGGUAUCGCGGUUGGUGCCGUCGGCCUGGGUGCUCUGUACGGCGGUGCCAUGUUCAUCAUUGCUCGUCGCUACAAGCGCAAGAAGCAGGCCCACCGCCGCUCCAGCUCCAUUGGCAGCAGCCAGCGUUCGUCCGACAUGCAGUUUACCGGCAACGGAAGCCCUGCGCUCAUGGGUGGUGCUCUGAUGAGCCGCGACAUGUCCAGCUAUGGCGGAACGGGAAUUCGCGACAGCCACAACAGCGGAACCAGCUCUGCCCGGACUGCCAACAUCUCCCAUCCCGUUGCGGCUGAGAACUCCCUCGGCUGGAACUGAUGAUGUACACGCUUUUCAUAUCGGCCAUUUUCCCUUAUUUCACACCUACUUUUAUUUGUUCCUUUUACUUUUCCUUUUGGAUAUCCGCGCAUCAUAUUUUCCUUAUUUAAACUUCGAUACCCUUGGGGGAGCUUUUGCUCGUGAGGAUGUAGGAUGAUGUCUACGACCUUUUCUUGAUGUCUUGGCCAAGCCGACUGGAGGGUUUCGACAUGAGAGAACCAGAAACGAGAAAAGGCAACUCGCCCCCUCCAGUUCCGCUUGGGGGCCUCCUCCUCCUGGUAGUUGUCAGUCAAGCGCGCAACGGAGUUUGAUCCGUGACUGCUGACCACUCCCCCCCCCAAUUUACACUUACGCCGACCACCUGUCAAGUCGAGAAACGACAUACACAAAAAGGGAUGGCGCCAACCUUGUUGCUUUUUCCUUCUUCUGGCUCCAUCCUGGUGAUCUUGGCAUUUGCUUUUAAUAUUCUUAGCCUUGUCUGGAGUUGGAAUGAGAUAGAUGGUCUUGUGACGAUGCCUUCAGGGCCAGCGUUGUGCAACAACCAGUUGGGGUGAUAUUAUUCUACUUUUUUUUUAUUUCCUUUGCUUGAGAAAACAAAACGGAAAGAGGAGGAUAAGAGGGAGAAAAGAGGUGGAUGGUGAUGGAGUUGCUGUGGGGAUGAAGGAGGAGGAGAGAAGUAUGGGAGAGCUGGUGUUGGGGCAGGUUGAGAUAGUGGUAAAAGAAGACAAUGUUGACUGUAUAUGGACUCUACCUGUGGCUGUGAGUGAAGGUGAGAGAGAGGGUUAUGUUUGAUAUAUGAC